AUGAAUGGAUGAUCAGAGCAGAAUCGCAGUUGGAGAGAGCUGCAGACUAAGUCCUUUCAAAGUGCACUUUUUUGACUCUAUAUUUAGGUGACAGGGGACGUAACAGUCAGCUCUUCCGGAUAAAACCAACUGCACCUGUAAAUCGCUCCGUUAAAAGUGAGGGGUGAAAUGCAUUGCUCUCUGGCCUGUUGAAGCCAGAGCAACGCCAGGUCUACCAGGGGUGAGGGAGCACCGGCAGAGCCUUGGACGGACUGGCGACAGAACAUGGCUGGAAAUUUCAGGAAAUAUUACGCUGCUUUUAUGCCAACUUUCAUGGCAUUGUUAUACUUUGUGAUAGCAAAGAUCGAUGACUUGCAUUCAACAUCCUACCAAACAUUAAAACUGUCUGCCUACGAGAUUACAAUCCCACAACAGUUGACAGAAAGAGAAAAGCGAGAUGCUGGCCUAUCUCCUUUUGCACAGGGCAGACUGUCAUAUUCCAUUCAAGUGGAAGGCCGUGAGCACAUUGUUCACAUGAAGAGAAAUGAAGACAUUGUCCCAAAGGACUUCAAGAUGUUCACCUACAGCAACAAUGGGAGCUUGAUCUUAACUCAGCCAGAUGUUCAGGAUCAUUGUCACUUCCAGGGAUAUGUGGAAGGAAUGGAAAAUUCCAUGGUUGCUCUUAGCACCUGCAACGGGCUCAGAGGAUUACUGCAGACAGGUGAUACUCAUUAUGCAAUUGAACCACUUGAGUCCUCCAGUACUUUCCAACAUGUUGUCUAUCGUAUGGAGGAUCUGAUUGAAGAACAUUUAGUCUGUGGAGUGUCAGAUUUGUCCAGCACUGUGCGGCCAGUUGAUGAGGAGAAUGCAGAAGAACAUUCCCAUGAUGGUCACAGUAUGAUGGGCUUCCUGCGCAAUAAACGGGCUAUAUUGCCCCAGACUCGAUAUGUUGAGCUGUUUUUGGUUGUCGAUAAGGACCUGUAUGAUAUGACCAAGAAUGAGACUGCUGUGAGAGAACAGAUGGUCCAGCUUGCAAAUUACCUUGAUGGAAUGUACAGUUCCAUGAACAUCCGCAUUGUCCUGGUGGGUUUGGAAAUAUGGUCAAGGAGGAACCAAAUCAACAUUGAAGGAGGAGCAGGUGAAGUGUUGGGGCGUUUUGUACAAUGGCGAGAGAAGGACUUGUUGCCUCGUCGCAGGCAUGACAGCGCACAUUUAAUUCUGAAAAGGGGAUUUGGUGAGACUGCGGGAAUGGCCUUUGUGAGCACUAUUUGUUCAAGAAGCCACAGUGGAGGAAUUAAUGUGUUUUCACAGAACAUUCUUUAUUUUGCGUCCAUUGUUGCUCACGAGCUGGGCCAUAACUUGGGAAUGAACCAUGAUAAUGACCGGAACUGUAAGUGUGAAGCAGAAGCAUGCAUCAUGAAUGCUGGAGCCACAGGUGCGAUGAACUUCAGCAGCUGCAGUGCUGAUGAUUUUGAAGCUAUGAUCUUAAAUCGAGGGGGCUCUUGCCUUUUAAACAUUCCCACACCUGAGGAAGAAUACAGCCCUCCCUACUGUGGCAACAAGCUGGUGGAUAUGGGGGAAGAAUGUGACUGUGGAUCACCAAAGGAAUGUGAAAAUGAUCCUUGUUGUGAGGCCUCAACCUGUAAGCUCAAGUACGGAGCACAAUGUGCUUUUGGAGUUUGCUGCAAAAGCUGUAAGUUCCGUCCAGCUGGAACAGUGUGUCGAGCAUCUACAAGUGAAUGUGACCUCCCAGAGUACUGCAAUGGAACAAGUCAAAUUUGCCAAGCUGAUGUAUUUGUGCAGGAUGGACACCCUUGCAAUAACAACAAUUCGUACUGCUACAAUGGAGCGUGUCAGAGUUAUGAUGCCCAGUGUGUAGGUUUAUUUGGACAAAAUGCAAAAUCGGCUCCACAUACUUGUUUCCAAGAAGUGAAUUCUAAAGGUGACCGUUUUGGAAAUUGUGGCUCCAGUGGUGCUGGGUAUAAGAAAUGUGAGAUCAGAAACGCCAUGUGUGGGAAACUGCAGUGUGAGAAUGUAAACUUUGCACCUGUUUUUGGAAUCAGACCCUCCAUCAUCCAGACACCGAUUGGUGGGACAACAUGUUGGGGGGUUGACUUCCGCUUGGGAUCAGAUGUCCCAGAUCCUGGCAUGGUCAACCCAGGGACACGAUGUGACACUGGCAAGAUUUGCAUGGAUUUCAAAUGUGUGGAUGCAUCUAUUCUAAACUAUGACUGUGAUGUACAGAGCAAAUGCAACGGCCAUGGUGUGUGCAACAGUAAUAAGAACUGUCACUGUGAUAGAGGGUGGGCACCUCCAGAUUGUACAAACACUGGCUAUGGAGGAAGCAUUGACAGUGGACCAACCUAUGAUGAUAAAGAUACUGCACUUCGGGAUGGUCUGCUGGUGUUCUUCCUCCUAGUGGUUCCUUUGCUCCUUUUGGCUAUAUAUGUAUUCGUGAAAAGAAAUGAACUCACAAGAAGAUUCUGUCGGAAGCGAAGUUCGCAAACACAGAAGUCUGUAAACAGAGCUCAACCAAGAAAUGCCUCAAGUAACUCGGCAAAAGAAGGGGCCGCCACCACCAUGCCCAGCACCUUCAAGGCCUGUCCCAGUAACCCAAAGGGUAUAGAUGUUGUUACACUUGAUACUGUCCAGGGGUUUGUGCAGACAAUUAAAUUAUGUAUGCUCAUUUACAAUAUUGCCUCCGCACAGCUAGAGUGUCAACCACCUUUGCUGAUGCAUCCAUGUUAAAGUUAAUGCUUCUGUAUUUUACAUGUUUCAUUUUUGUCAAGCAAACCAUAUCUGCCAUUUCCAAUCUUUGAAGGAAAUUACAACCAAAUACCUCUUACGUUUUUAAUUUUUUUUCUGAAAUAUUUGAAAUGUUUGAUUUGGUUAGAGAAAUUCUGUUCUUUAAACAUGCUGGAAGUUUUCCCAGUCACUUUCUUUAGAUACAUGCUGUGCAAUAGCAUGGAGGGGGAUGAAACUAUCACUACUGACAAGUAAUUAUUUUUACUGUUUUGAGAACUACACUCCCUCGAAAUCAACAUGUUCUGUCACUGCUACCUUUGCUUGUUUAAAUAACCUGCUUCUGAUGUUUUCUGUAGAAGAUGACAGUGCUUCAUAUUGUUGGAUGGCAUUGGGCAACCAGCAGAGAAACAUGGGUUCAUCAAUGAAAGGCCCUUAUUAUACCUGUAGCAGAGUAGAUUAACAUUAUUUGACUUUUCAAUUUAUUUAGCACUUAAUUUGUAAUCAUCCGUCUCAACUCUUGAUUCAAUUGUGUCUCAAUUUUAAAUUGAGUUUGAAAUAUCAACAGUUUAAAAACAAGAUUCUGUUUAUUUUAUAUUUUGUUUCUACACUUGAAUGCAAUUUCUGACACUCUACAACCAAGUUGGAAGGGAGGCAACCUCUGCUCAUGCUGCAUUGUGAUAAGCAGCAAGAAGGCUGUGACUGUUGCUCUGAACUGGUUUUUGACUUGAGUGUUUUUUUAAGAGAACCUUAGUCCCUGGGUGUUCAUCAUGCGGUGAAUUUCAGAUGUGAAGUUGAAUCUGACCACCAUGUGGUACAACAUUGCCCUGAAUGUUAAACUGGCUGCUGUAAAGUUACUCCUUGGUACCACUGACAAUUCAUUAUUGUCAUCGUUUGCUUUUGUACUUAAAGAAAGCACACACUUCAGCUGCUGUCUUGAAUGUUGAUUUCAAUACCCUUUUUAAGUGAUACUAUAAUGGAAAUCUCAUGCAGCAAAGUGUACAUAACUUCCAUCUGGUGCUGAAAGGCUUCGCUCCAUGUCUUGACAGCUCUUGUAUAUUGUGGUAAAUACUAUCUGGUGGACAUAACAGCAGAAUUUAGUCAAACAUAGCUGAAAAGAUAUUGGCAACCAAAAUGUUUUUCUAACCAAAUAAAAAACGACAGACUUGGAUAAAUCUUAUUCAUUUCCCGCAGAGACAAUGUAUGUACCCUGGACAAAUGGCACAUGAGGUGUUUAAUGGAACUCAAUUUUACAAUGUUGUAGAUGUGAUUUACUAUGCUGUGGUAUUUUGCAGAGUUUUAAAAUGGCAUUUCUGAUUCAAGGUCUGUUGAUUUAUAUUUAAUCUAUUCUCUGAAGCAAAUAACCUUGUAGUCUCCAACAAAAAACAGGUUUAUACUCGUAGACUUGGGAUGCUGUUAUGUAUAGGGUUAUUGUUCACAUCCCCAUAGGAAUGCAUUGUCUUUCAUGAAAUUAUGUUUGGAUAAUGGUUUAUUACAAUACUAAUCUAUGUAACACCCUCUUUUUUUAACCAUGCUUUUUAAAAUAGUCAAGUUCACCUCCUAAAAUAUUCCUAAACGUGAAGCAUAGUCAGUCACGCAUCUAAAUGUAUGAUUCUGAAGGUAUGGACUGGAAUUUAACUCUAAAUGGGUAUCUUUGAAUGAGUUUGAAUCUCUCUCUGUUCUUUGGUUUGAGAGUUGACUAUAGACUCCAAGAUUAAAUAUGUGUUAUGUUUGAUGCAGCCAGACUUUGUCAGAUUGUGGCUUCAAUGUACUCUGGGCAUGAGCUCAUGACUUUUCAUUAAAUAUCCAAGUGACAGAUGAAACCAUUCAAACAUUUCCAUUCCACUGAUAAAACUAUUUUUACACAUUUAGAAUUGGUGUUCAUUGAAAUUUUUCUGUUUCUGGAUGGAGGAAUGCAAUAUCAAGAUUGCAGUCCACACAAAUACAUCAGAUUGAAAUACCCUCAGAGCCAUUUGUCUUUUUCUUUUGUGGCACAGACAGAAUAUUGCACCUUACUGUGAGCCAGGCAGUAAUACUGGUGACCUUUUGUGCAUAAAGUAAAAUGCUAUGAGUCAGGAUCUUUUUGGUGUUCUUUUAGGUAGAUUACCUGUUUAUACAUUUCAGACUAAAACAGCAUCUGUGCUAUGUAACAUAAUCGAGAAGUGAAUUCCAAGUUGAAACCCCACAUGAGAUUUGAGAGAACCUUGAUGAAACUACUAAAGCUUUGUUGUUGGGGCAAUUUAAAUUCACCAAAGCAAAGUAGAUUUGAGGUUAUAAUUCAGUCCCAGGUAUCCAUCAAUCUAAAUUUUAAAAAUCUAUUCACUUCACUUGAAUGUUUGCACUCGUUUAAAAGUGUUUUACUUUUUUCAAAAGUAAUGAUUUUUCUUAUGAGAUGUAAAGAUAUUAUGCACCUGUGGAUUACAAAGGGCUUUUAUUUAAUCUGUAUAAAGAGCAAUAGUGAAAUAAAAAUGAUUCUUUUUCUAAAUUGAAGUAUUCAUUUAAUCUAGCCAAGAUUUAUUUGAAGUAUAAUGAUCAUAUAUUGAUUAAUAAGGACAGUGACUCUGACCUUUGGCCAAACUUGAUUUGAUGUUUUGCUUUAUCCUUCACUGAACAGCUGUGUUGUUAAUAUUCCAAAUUUUAUAUCUUUGCCACUUUUAAAACAUGCAAGCUAUAUUUGCCUUUGGUUUUCUGUUUUCAGUGCGUUGAUUCAUCUGGCUAAAUAAUGAUUGUGUCUUCCAAUGGAUUGACGGUAUGAGAAACUCCUCACCAGAAAUGAGUUCCUACUUUGCACAGAAAAUGUUCUAAUGUGGAUUCUUUGAAACUUCAUGUAACAUUUUUUAACAGACAGUAUAAAAUGGUAAGGCUAUAGAGCAGCAUGCUCCAUGUCUUACAUUUUUUCAUCUUCUAGCCGGACCGAAACAUUAAGUCCCUGGGUACUAUUAACAAAGGUGGGAAGAAAUAAUAUCAUGGAGAAACAUGAAAACAGGGAUAAGAAUUUUAAAUUUCAUAAGGUCACUGAGCAUGGGGAUUUUUGACUGAGCAGGACAUGUAUAGCUAAAGACCAGUGCCGAACUUGUGUAUAACAAGUAGGCUGCACAGUCUCUAAGAGACUGCUAGAACUGAAAGUCAUUUGGAACAGAAAACUGUUUGAGUUAUGGAGCAGUUAUUAUUACUUCUGCAGCAAUAAAUGCAAAUGUUCUGCAUACAAUGUCCCAAUA